CCAUCUUCCAGCGCCAACACACUAGUACUAACUGAACCGACUGAAACGCUCACUACGUCUUGACUGGUCGCGCAACGCACCAGAUACAUGCGAAUGCCCUUCCAGAUUUCUUCGCAUCGACCAAAUUCUUCUGCCGCUGCGUCAUCGCUCUAUCUCGCUUUGACCAAGAUCGCAACCUCAUUUCCUCGACCGCAUAACCAUACUUUUCGACAAGGUUUCGGGACCCGAACCUGUCAGCACGUCGGAACCAGAUGUCUUCCCUCGUGGUUAUCGGAGGUACGAUAGUGUUUGCAACCGCGUCAGUGUAUUACUUGUCUCGAUUCGCUAGUGCAAAACGUGAUCCUGAUGCCAGAGAUCCUUCAGCUUCUGAUCCAGGAUUGUUAAGAAAACAUUCUACACAAAGAUCUUACACUGCAGCUGGUUUCGUCUACCCAUCAAUAAGGACAUUCUAUCAUCCUCAUCCACAAGCCGACAAACUCCCGACCAAGCCAACAACACUACCACUUCUUGUCUUCGUUCAUGGUCUCGGAGGAAGUGCUGCACAGUUCGCGCCACUCUUGACUGGUCUAGUCAAUGCUGCGCCAUGUCUUGCCAUCGAUCUCCCAGGAUGUGGCUUGUCAGACUUCUUGCCCCAAACACGCGAAGCAUAUAGGUCAGAAGCUCUGGCAGCUUUAAUCGCUGAGGCCAUUACGCAGCACAGGGACGCUGAGAACGGACAGAAAGUAGUUCUCAUAGGUCACAGUAUGGGCUGCUCACUAUCAACACUGCUGGCGUCGUCGACAUCGCCAUUGAACGACUCCAUCUCCGAGCACAUAACCGGUUUCAUCGCUAUCUGUCCACGAGCCGAAACGUUGACAGCAAGCCAAGUAUCACGACUUCAGCAUAUGCGCUACAUGCCUAUGCCUUUGUUCGAGAUGUUCAGAUGGUGGGAUAGACGAGGAGGCGCGGAAAGCGCCAGCGUCUCUCGUUAUGCAGGAAAGGACGCAGAUUCAGAGACAAAACGACUUCAGCUACGAUUCAACGAGCAAAGCAAAUCUGAAGUAUUCAUGGCUAUGGCUCUUGGUUCGAUGCCCAAAUACAGAGACAACAAAGCUGUUGGAGGUUUGCCUGGUGAGGCGGUGUGGUCUGGUCUUCGGAUCCCUACGUUUUGCAUCGGUGGGGAGCUUGACCACGUAACAUCACCUGAGAACGUCGAGUUGAUCGCCAAGUGGCUAGGAAGACAAGUGCCACGGGAACGAACAAACACCAAUGGUAGCUCCCUACCUAGCUCUGCUGGGGAAAUACCUGUCAUUGACAACACUCCGAUUGAAGAGAAUGGCAAGAGCUUCGUUCCUGAGUUCAGCGCAACUGGUCAGGAUCUAGUUUCCGAGAUUCGACAGGACAGCGCGACACCCGAUCUUCCGAAGAAGCCCAAAUUCGUUCUCAAGACUACGGUGUUACCCAAGCCUGCUUCUCACGCACUGCUGUACGCUACUUCAACAGUCCGCAUACUUUCAGGUUUAAUCCAGUCUUUUGUCGCCACACAUAUCGAUCACCGUCUAUCUCUCGGGUGGCAGUUGCAACAUCUGAGUACCGAGGGCAAAUGGGAUGUAAAGAAUCUCCAGAAGUGGCAAGCCAUCAAGCCUGUCUCAGAGCCCAUUGCAGGUAUUUUCCGAGCACAGAAGACACUGCGUGAGAUCGACGAAGAGCAUACACCAGCUGUGUACGUUAAGCGGUGGGGAGCAAGAAGUGGCAUCAGGCAUGGAGUUCGCAUGGUUGUUGACAUCAGCCAUGAAAGCCCAGUUUAUGAUCCUAAAGGCCUCGAGGAAGGCGGUAUUGAGUAUCAUAAGUUUCCUACUGUCAGCAAGCUGCCGCCUACGGUGGAAGAGGUCGCAGCAUUCAUCGCGUUGAUCGACACUCUGAGAGAGCAGCUCGCAAAGCCGGAAGAACCAGAAGGAGCAUUGAUAGCUGUACACUGUCACUAUGGUUUCAACAGGACUGGCUUCUUCCUGGUCAGCUACAUGGUGGAGAGACUUGGCUGGCGACUGCAAGAUGCGCUCGAGGAGUUUGCAGAGAAGAGAGCGCCAGGCAUUAGACACGAGCAUUUCGUGAAUGAGCUGUUUGUGCGUUAUAUGGUGAACUUGGAGAGAAGACCAACACUUUCAUAGAUACCCUGGGACCCAUUUUCUUUCUUAGGUCUGUUUCAGGCGCACUUGGAGGACUUCGUCAGUCUUGGCUUGGCAUAUAGAGCCAGCGGUUUCCUUGUUGGGCAAUAACUUAGGGUACCUAUUUACUAGCAGAUCACCAAUACCCGUUUCACAAGAUAUCUCAUCAGUCUCAAGCA